CAGGAAGAAGCAUCCUGAACGAGAUCCUGUCCCACAACGAUGCCCUUGAAGCCAGCACAGUCCGUCCAAGGUCACCUUCACCCCCAAGGUCGCACCCCCUCCCCACGGAGCCUGCGGCAGGAAGACUGGGGAGUCGGCACACGUCAGUGGACAGACCGGCGCCCACGAUCAGCCCGGCCCUGCGACAGGCGGACAGGCUACUCACAGACAUCAGCUCCAUGCGCUCGCAGAUGAAGGGAUAUGUGCACGAUGCUGAGAGGUGGAAAUAUGACAUCAAACACCUUCAUGAGGAGGCUGAGAAAGACAGACUGGCUGCUCGCCGGCACGCUGCCCUGAGAGAACCCGCUCCCAUCGAGUCAUACCUGGCAACGCAGGUGAGACCACCGGUAGCCAUGCCUACAAGUGUCCCAGCUCCCAGAGCUGGGCUACCACUGUCUUCAGGGUUACCACUGUCCACGGGAGUACCACUGUCCACAGGAGUACCACUGGCCACAGCAGUACCACUGUCCACGGGAGUACCACUGUCCACGGGAGUACCACUGGCCACAGUUGUGUCUGGGAGAUCCAAGGAGUCAGACAUCUCACCAGCGUACAGCAAAGCCCGCAGCAUACUUGACCAGGUGACUGUCAGCAGGCGUUACCUGGAGGACAACCUGGAGGCUGUGGUGAGAGCAAAGGACCAGUCCCAGCUGUACCAACUCAUGGACAGCCUGUACCAGCAGGGGCCGAGUGCAGACCGGGCACGCAUCAGGAGGGAGGUAGAUGCCAUGAUCAACCAGCUGACUCCGGAAGUGGAGGAUGAAGUCAUGAAACACUUGACGAAAAACCCAAAGCCCAAGAAGGUGUCCUUUGUGGAGGAACAAGUGCCUGAACGUGACCCAGGGCCGAGUGUGCCUGAGAAGUCUGUACCGAGGGCAGGCAGAGGCAGAGGACGAGCGCAACCCAGGAUCAACACUGGGCUGAGGAGGCCUCCAAAGGCAGCAAGCACCAAGGGGAAGGAAAAAGCCCCGGGGAAGUCUGAGGAGAAGAUUAGAAAACCUCCAGUGAAAGAAAAGGUUACAAGUAGUCCAAAGCCCAAGCAGACGAGAGGUGUGCCCUUCUAUGAGCAGGACGAGACUUACCUUACCCGCGUGUACGGCAAGGCCCGACACCACCCUCACAGGACCACUGAGAAGCAGCCGUAUCUCCACUUCAACUCACCCCCGCCCAGGACCAAGGCUCCCAGACCCAGUCCUGCUGUAGAUACUAAAGGCACCAUUAUGAAGUCCAUGAAGACUCAGACCAAGGAGAAGCCGCCACCUGGCAGAGCCGCCGGUACUGCGGCACAGUACUACUUCUCCCCUGCAGCCCCCUACCCACAGGCAGGGCUCCCCUACCCUGGGGGAGCGGCCCCCACCCCCCAGCAGGGGCAGCUCAUCCCCAUGGCCAUACCCCUGGGGGCACCCAGGAUAGACUCUUCUCACACUCAGGCCGUACCGUUGACUGCUCUACCAAACCGGACUCAGGGCACCACCAGGCCCAAUGUGGCCACUGUUACCAUGGUGACGGACAAGGACGCUCGUAAACCGAAACUCUCAGUCCAGGUGAUGCCAGCUGUUGACAUAGACAGUGUCCCACACAGCCCGGCCUCAGACACUGCCGCUAAAGCCACCUUCCCUCCUGAGAUGCCUCCAGCAGACCAGCAACCAGCUGGGCCACCUGAAGACACAGAGUACAGAGAGUUUGAUCAGUAUGGAGGAGAUGCGGAGGAGGAAGCAGAGGAGAUGGAUGAGAUAGAACGUGACCUGAAACAGCCGGGCACAGGCCUGAUGGUGGAGGGUGACACGAGGGGGGAGGGGAGGGAGUACCACGGCCCCCCCUUCCCCCCACAACCCCCUCCCCCGCGGGUGGUACAGCCCUCCUCUGAAGCGAUGGCUGAGGAGCUCAGGAGGAGGAAUCAGGUGGAGACCAGGGCAGUGGAAUGGAUUGAGGCAGAACUGAUGGCACAAAUCAUCAACCAGCUGUCCCCCGCCCAGCGGCAGGCAGAACCUGCCGAACCCUCUGACUCAGGAGCUCUGCAGGGGACGCUGACACAAGGGAUCCUGGUACAGGAAGUGUCAGCGAUUGGCCAGGCAGGGCUGCAGCUGUUUGUUGAUGCGGGGGUUGCCGUGGAUAUGGCGCUGGUGCAGAGGCUGGUGCGGGAGGUUCUGGAGGAGAGGGUAGCGGCGAUGAUGGGUCAGCACGAGAGACAGCGGGCGACCCCCCCUCCUCCACCUGCACAGCCGCGCAGGGAACCCUCCCCUGAUCACACAUCACCCAAACAUGUCAGCCCUAUCCCCACCCCACAGCCCACUCCGAAGGCCAGCCCCGUCCCCAGCCCACCGCGCGGUCCGUCUCCCGUGGCAACGCCCGAGGCCACGCCCCACAGCACACCUGAACCCUCCCCCGUGGAGUCUGAGACGGAGAAUCUACACGAGACACUCAUCACACCAGCUGCACGGGGUGUCGCUCUUAUCGCUUCCGUCGAACCAAUUGCGCAUGUCUGCCACCUAUUUCUCCUCUUGGCCCUGGGUGUUGGCGGCUUCCUUCUAGUUUUUGGCGGUGAGAUGUCAGUGUCCCCAACUGAGGAACCAACGAGCCUGGUGCAGCCUCCUCCUCCCCCCGUCACACCAAAGAGCCUCCCCCCUCCCAUGGAGUCCCCCCCAUCGUCUUCCGAACACUCCCCUCCGCCUUCGGAGUCCAGCAGUUCUUCCGCCAUCACCACGGUUACGGAGACGGCAGACGUGUCCCUGUCCGAGGGGGAGUGGCUGUUCAGUAAGGGGCAGGCCGGAGCUGCAGGCGGCCUACAGGGUGUUGCAGGCGGGGUUGGUGUAGGAGACAGGUCAGGUGACAGCAGUCUGGCCAGCACACUGGAGGGGGCUGAGGAGAUGGACCACGAGCAGGAGCCUCCUAGUGAGGGUGAGCUGCUGCCCAAAGCCCUGAGCGGUGUCCACAAAGACCCCUUACUCGCCCUCCUGGCACGUGCCCAGCAGCCCGUCAGGAGCAUGGUGGAGAAGGCCACGGCCGCCCAGGGGGGCGCCGACAAUGACGCAAGUGUCGGCGAGGUCAGCGAGGGGCAACGACCCAGGUUGACCCAGACUGCGGAGAUGGUCCUCUUGGGAGAGGCGCGGGACGCGGGGAGAGGCUCGCGAGGGGAGGCAGCGGGCCGUACCAUUCCGGUGGACCGUACCAUUCCCGGGGACCGCACCGUUCCUCCCGAGGACGACACCAUGGUGCUGUCUGACCUGGAGAGGCCGUCGUCACGGAAACCGGCCUCGGCCCCCCGGGUCAUCAGCGUCGCGUCCGCAGACGACCCCAGGCCCUCCCCGCGCUCUCGCACUCCGCUGGCGGCAUCGAGGGGCGAGCAGAGGUCGGAGGUCAGAGCCCCCGACCCGAGGCCGGCCAGGGUGAUCACGGUGAAGGCUGUGCCUGAAGACGAGGGGCCAGAGGAAGGCAGGACAAGCCAGCAGGGACUACAAGGGACCCACACCUUGAGUGACAUGGACACCCGGACCUUCACUCCAGACCAGAUGAACUUAGACGCCCUCAUCCAGUCUGGCUACCUCACCCAGUCUUUCAGCCAAUCAGAUCACAGCGCUGACCUGGGAAGAACGGGAGGGACCACGACUGGACUGGACACUCUCAACCAAUCUGGGCGCAGUAUGGGUAGAACCGGUGGUUCUGCUUCUGGACCAGACACUCUCAACCAAUCAGGGCUCGGCAUGGGAAGAACAGGUGGUUCCACUGCUGGGUUUGACCAAUCAGGACUCAGUGCCGGGAGACAGGCGCGGAGCUUCAGCCUCCCAGUGGGUGGUGCAGAGAAGGAAGAGGAUGACCCGCGUAGAACGUCGCUCGUGGUGUCGCUAACGUUACCCAGCAUCCAAGGGGAGAACGACAGUGUCACUGUCAGCUCUCUGGAGGGGGGAGAGUACAGCGCAGGGGAGGUGUCGGAUAUAUCUGAGAUAUCUGGGGGUGGGUUCUAGGGAGUUUCA